AUGGUCAAAGAGUGUCUUGAAGCGAAGAAAUGGGAAGUUUUCGAACAUCAGAUGAACAAAAACUGGAAAUUGGAUAACGGAAAUGAUGGAGCCGAAGAGAAUGAGCGAACAAACGGAAUGAGAAUUAUUAUCGAGUGCUUAGUGGCCGGUUCUUUGAUUGGCUUUUAUUCCGGUUGGCUGGCAUCUGAUUGGUCGGAAUGUGUGCCGACAUGCGGUCGUGGACGACGAACAAGAAGUGUCUACUGCGUGCACCACACUGUGAACCAGACCCUCAACGUGCCGGAGAAGUACUGCACGAAUCAGACGAAACCGGUUGAAUGCGUUGACGGAAAGGACUGUCCGUUCACGUCUCGUCCAAUCGCCAUAGCGCCCUGCUACUCGGGAGUUCCAUGCCUCUCCCAGCCGCCGAACUCUCAGCCUUGGACUCAGCUCGACAAUAGUAUCGACUGGAGCGAUCGGAAGUUCUUGGACGAGUCGGCGUAUAAUCCAGUUGAAAGCAACGGUCAUUCGCCGAGAUUCGUGCUGAGCCCAUGGAGCGAAUGUUCCACCACAUGCGGUCCGGGAGUGAGGAUGCGUUCGGCUGAAUGUGUAGCUGCUCAUCCAAUAGCGGGUAUGAUUCGUCUGCCACACUCAGAAUGUCAAGAGCAAUCGCAGCCCUCUCUCUUCGAAUCUUGUGAAGCUCGGCCGUGUCCACUUCAGGAGGACUCAAAGAUCAGUAAAGAGGAAGCUCCGUUUAAAUGGGAGAACGGUGACUGGGGGCCGUGUUCGGAAAGUUGCUUGGGAGGUAAGCAAAAAGCAGCGUUACUUUGUCGUGAGACAGCCAGCGGUCGCGCCGUCCCGUGGUCGAACUGUGACGCUCGAACUCGUCCACCACAACUCGUCCGACAGUGCAACCAACACGCCUGUCCGCCUCAGUGGCAGGUCGGCGACUUCGGUGUGUGUUCGGUCUCGUGUGGUACCGGUUCUACCAUUCGAUCCGUGAGAUGCAUUCGGCCUUUCGAGCUGCAAUGUAAAGAGAGUUGUCCAUCCUUCAACAAAGUCAUCGAAGCUUGGCAGUUCGACAUUUUUUUAUUGGGAGAUCUACCAAAUAGAGCAGAUGCACAUAUCGUUUUACGCGAUGCAGAAUGUGCGCUACCAAAGCCAAGCGAGAACGAGAGCUGUGGUGCAGUCGAGUGUCCAGCUAGUUGGAUCACGGGUGAUUGGACGGAAUGCUCGACUUCGUGUGGGUCUGGAGAGCAGAAGCGAAGUGUGGUCUGUGAAGGACGCGACGUCAACGGACGGAGAGAGCGACGUCCAGAGAAGGAAUGCUCAGAUGAUAAGCCUGCUGCAGUUCAGAUGUGUAGCCUGGGCCGUUGCGGAAAGCCACAACUGUUGUCUAAUCGAGUAUUCGAACAGAACGCUUCGGAGAAGAAACUAACUCUGGGCAUUGGUGGAGUGGCCACACUCUAUCAAGGGACCAGUGUCAAAAUCAAAUGUCCUCGCAAGAAUUUUGACAAGAAGAAGAUUUACUGGACCAGAAAUGGGAGACGAAUUAAAAAUGACGCUCACAUAAAGGUUUCUGCAAAUGGGAAUCUUCGGAUUUUCCAUGCUCGAAUGGAGGAUGCCGGCGUCUACGAGUGUUACACAAACAAGCUGCAGGGUAACGUUACGCUCCGAUUCAAAUACCGUGAUGACGAUAAGUCGAUACUUUCCGCCGGCAGCUACGCUGAAGCAGCAAAGGAAUUGCAGAAGCACCGAGAAACUCUACAGGCACGUUGGGAAAUGGGACAUUGGACGGAAUGCAAGCAGAGUACGUGUGGUGUUGCCGGUUAUCAGGCCCGUGAAGUGACUUGUAGUGCGAUAAUAGAUGGCGCACGUCGAAAUGCUGACCGUCGGCUCUGCACCGUGCUGGCUUCAACUCCACCUCCAGAGACGCGACCGUGCCACAAACCAGAGUGUCCUAGAUGGGAGGCUAGCGAGUGGAGUGAGUGCUCGAACGCUCCCUGCGUACGAAACGGUGUUGCGAAGCAACGACGAGACAUAAGAUGUCUGUCGACGAACGGCGAUGUAGUGGACGAGCAGAGUUGCGACAAGACGCAGAGGCCUAAGUCACGCAAAGAAUGCGAAAAUAAUAGCUGUAAAGCCGAAUGGCAUGCGUCGGACUGGGGAUCGUGUUCGUCGAAUUGCGGCACUGGCGGAGUGCAGAUGCGACUCUGGAGAGGUCCGUCAGAAAUGUUGCGCGACGUGCAAAUACGUGGAGAAGAGAAGUCAUCGCUGAUCCAUCUCUUUCUUAUAAGGCAACCAUCACUUGAACAGCGAAUCACUCGCCUUUUCCUACACAAACUCCAUUCUAAGCCGUUGCAACUCGUCGGUCAUGUUGAGCAUGUACCUUUGUGCUGA